CUACUUUUUUCGCCUGAAGAUGGUAUCGACACUGGCUACUUCUCUUAUUACCUCACAAUGCCCCGGGUAUAAAUAUGUUCACUGUCGGAGUUUCACACAUUUAGAGCUUCAUUCCGAAUCCUGAUCAUCGGCUCGAAGACUGAAUACAAUAUGCGUGAGUGCAUUUCUGUCCAUGUUGGCCAAGCUGGAGCACAGAUUGGUAAUGCAUGCUGGGAGCUUUACUGUUUGGAGCACGGCAUACAGCCGGAUGGACAGAUGCCCAGUGACAGGUCAAUAGGAGGAGGGGACGAUUCCUUUAACACGUUCUUCAGCGAGACGGCUUCAGGGAAACACGUUCCACGUGCCAUCUUUGUGGAUCUAGAACCCACUGUGAUUGAUGAGGUGCGGUCAGGUACCUACCGUCAGCUGUUUCACCCUGAGCAGCUCAUUACUGGUAAAGAGGAUGCUGCUAAUAACUACGCCAGAGGACACUACACCAUUGGCAAGGAGAUCAUUGAUUCAGUCCUGGAUCGAAUCCGCAAACUGAGUGAUCAAUGCACUGGCCUGCAAGGUUUCCUGGUCUUCCACAGUUUUGGUGGUGGUACUGGUUCUGGCUUCACCUCCCUCCUGAUGGAGCGUCUCUCUGUUGACUAUGGCAAGAAGUCCAAGCUUGAGUUUGCCAUCUAUCCUGCUCCUCAAGUGUCCACAGCGGUGGUGGAGCCCUACAACUCCAUCCUGACCACCCACACCACGCUGGAGCACUCCGACUGCGCCUUCAUGGUGGACAACGAAGCCAUCUACGACAUCUGCCGUAAAAACCUGGACAUCGAUCGUCCGACUUACACCAACCUCAACAGGCUCAUCAGUCAGAUAGUGUCCUCCAUUACAGCCUCGCUGAGAUUCGAUGGAGCUCUGAAUGUGGAUCUGACUGAGUUCCAGACCAACCUGGUGCCCUACCCCCGUAUUCAUUUCCCUCUGGCGACAUACGCUCCGGUGAUAUCUUCUGAGAAGGCUUAUCAUGAGCAGCUAUCUGUGGCUGACAUAACCAACGCCUGCUUUGAACCAGCUAAUCAGAUGGUCAAGUGUGAUCCUCGACACGGUAAAUACAUGGCUUGCUGUCUUCUCUACCGUGGAGAUGUGGUCCCCAAAGAUGUCAAUUCUGCCAUAGCUGCCGUUAAGACCAAACGCAGCAUCCAGUUUGUCGAUUGGUGCCCUACUGGUUUCAAAGUGGGCAUUAACUAUCAGCCUCCAACUGUGGUUCCUGGUGGAGACCUGGCUAAAGUUCAGAGAGCUGUGUGUAUGUUGAGCAACACUACAGCUAUUGCUGAGGCCUGGGCUCGUCUAGAUCACAAGUUUGAUCUGAUGUACGCCAAGAGAGCCUUUGUUCACUGGUAUGUAGGAGAGGGCAUGGAGGAAGGAGAGUUCUCAGAGGCCAGAGAAGAUUUGGCAGCUCUGGAGAAGGAUUACGAAGAAGUGGGCACAGACAGCAUUGCAGAGGGGGAUGAGGAUGGAGUGGAAUUUUAAAUACAGCUUUCUUUAAAUCUCAGGGUAAUCUAUGAAAUGAUUUUUAUAUACCUUACAUUUUUAGUAUGACAAAUUAUUUUGCUAUUUUUAUAUUCUGUGGAAAUCUAGUAAAAUGAACUAGACUAGAAUAAAAGUAGCUCAGGUAAUACUUCAGGGGAAAUUGAUUAUACUUCGUAGGCAAAGAUCUUUAUUUACUUAUUUAAGUCUUUAUUCUAUUAAUGACUUAUAUAUUAUACGUGACCUACUCAGAGAAAACCUAGCUUAAUAAUUUUUUUGUGAUUUACAUAAAGUCACCCUACAUAAUGUAAAGAGCAUACUGUGAAAAUAUAACCUUCAUAUCUUUAAUAUUGACUGAGUAAGGUCAAAUAUUGAAAUCAAUGUAAAAGCAAUGAGUGAAAUCCAAUUUUGAUGAUAUAAGAUUAUCUAGCCUGGAUUUCACAGACAGGGUACAUAUAUAUUUUUACAAUCUAGUUGCACAUGCAAAGCAUAGUACAUACUAUAGUACAUUUUUCACUAUUUUACCCCUCCCCCUGUGUCUAUGCAGCACAAAAAUGACCAGCUGCUGUACUAUAGCUGUUACCCAUAAUUCAGCUGUCUGUGCAUGCCUACAGUAUGUGCAUCACUAUGAGAAGUUGUAUUGUUAUUCACUAUCAUUGUACCAUUGAAAUUAAAGUCCAGUGACAAC